GCUUCCUGUUCCCUCUGUGUCACACUGAUAUCGGUCCGUCGCUCAGCCUCGCAGUGCAUCACCAUGUUUUCGGGUCUGAGAGAGAAGGUGGGCCAGGUUCUGGUUCCGGGAGAUGAGUUCAGUCUGGAGGUCCAGGAGACCCUCUCUCUCACCGAACCCCUGAAGCCGGAGAAGGUGCUCCUCGGCCCGGGUCUGAAGAGGAGAGGAGACCGGAAACUGCUGGUGGUGAAGAGCGGCGUGCUGAGACACAAACAGCCCCACGUGUUCUGGGUAGAAAACCAUCAGAGGAGGUAUGUCCCGGCUAAAGGAGAGACGAUCAUUGGAAUCAUUACGGUCAAAUCCGGAGACGUCUUCAAGCUGGACUUUGGAGGAAGUGAGCAAGCGUCUCUGUCCUACCUGGCUUUUGAGGGAGCGACCAAGAGGAACCGUCCAAAUGUCCAGGUGGGCGACCUGGUGUUUGCGCAGUUCAUCGUAGCCAAUCAGCACAUGGAGCCUGAGCUGGUGUGUGUGGACAGCGCUGGGAGAGCCAAUGGGCUUGGAGUAUUUGGAGCGGGGGGGCUGCUGUUCAGCGUCUCUCUGGGACUCGUCAGGAGGCUGCUCCGCCCCCGCAGUGACGUCCUCUCCGACCUGCAGAAGCUGUUCCCCUGCGAGCUCGUGGUGGGGAUGAACGGCCGUCUGUGGGUGAAGGCGAGCAGCAUCCAGCAGACGCUCAUCAUCUGCAACCUGCUGCAGAGCUGCGAAACCAUGACAACCGCCCAGAGGCAGCAGCUGUUCAGGAGGGCGGCGCAGGGGGCACUGUAGGGACUACUUUCUGACCGGGAGGGACUACUCUCUGACCGGGAGGGACUACUCUCUGACCGGGAGGGACUACUCUCUGACCGGGAGGGACUGCUUUCUGUCCGGGAGGGACUGCUUUCUAUCUGGGAGGGACUACUUUGACGGGGAGGGACUACUUUCUGACCAGGACUACUUUCUGACCGGGAGGGACUACUUUCUGACGUAUUCCUGUCCAGGAUUGUCUGAUGUCGUGUGGAAGAAUAAAGACUGCAAACCCCGGACGGUGUAAAAAAACAAUAACUUUUUUUUUUAUAAUUCCUGAGUUUUCCACGAGGUGCCGAACUUUUCUUCCUGCAGUGUUGAGACAGUGUUGUAAUGUUUAGUUAAUCUUUGUUUGUUUGUUCUUCACGUUUUGGCCUCGGCUCACGGCCAAUCAAACUGCAGACAUUCAUAAACAAACUUUUCUCACACAA